GACACAGUGGAUGCUGCACAGAAUCAGUUCCACAGCAUCAGCAGGCAACGGACCUCCAUCCUCCUCAUUAUCCCUCUCUCUUUCUCUUUUUUCUCCUCCUUUGCCUCUCCUCCUCUCACCACCGUCCUCACUCUCUCAUUUCUCCUCCUUCCCCCCUCUCUCUCUCUCUCUCUCUCUGUCACAGACACGCAGGCCUGCUCGAACACACUGCAGCAGAGGACGUGUACACGCCAGCAGGAAUAGCAGCAGCAGAGGCAGCAUCAGGCGGACGGCCUUUCCAUCCACCUCUCUCUGCCUCUUAUCUUCUACCUCCCCACUUUCCUCUUUUCUAUCCUCCUGCAUUCGAUUUCCCUCCCCUUACUCCUCUCCUCUGUUUCUCUUCCCUCUCCAUCUCUGUACUACGUCUCUUCUCCUUCCUGCUGGUUGGUUUCCCAGGAUGCCUUGCUCCAGGCCGCUACGUUAGGCCCUAGCAGCAUGGGCGGAGCCUGGGUGGGGAGAGAGAGCACGGAUUGGACCCUUCCCCUCAGGACGGGCGCGCUGGCGGGUCACCCUCCCUCAGCUUCAGAUGGGCGAGGACGCUGAGAGCCCCAAAAUUAACCACACCUUCCUGCGAGACUACGUCACUGAAGCUGAUGUCAUCUCUACUGUGGAAUUUAACCAGACAGGAGACCUCUUGGCCACAGGGGAUAAAGGUGGCCGAGUGGUCAUCUUCCAGAGAGAGACAGAGUCUAAAGGGGAGUCAGAGGAGGUGGGGGACACAGGGGACUCUGGGGAGUAUAAUGUCUACAGCACUUUCCAGAGCCACGAGCCAGACUUUGACUACUUGAAGAGUUUGGAGAUAGAAGAGAAAAUAAAUAAAAUCAGAUGGCUGCCACAGCAGAAUGCAGCACAUUUCCUCCUCUCCACCAAUGAUAAGACCAUUAAACUGUGGAAGGUGAGCGAGAGAGACAAGAGACCAGAGGGAUAUAACCUGAAAGAUGAGGAGGGACGGCUCAAGGACAUCUCUACAAUCACCUCUCUGCAGGUGCCAGUGCUGAAACCUACAGAUCUGAUGGUAGAGGUUCGACCCAGAAGGGUGUUUGCCAAUGGACACACCUACCAUGUCAACUCCAUCUCAGUCAACAGUGAUGGGGAGACGUACCUGUCUGCCGAUGACCUCCGCAUCAAUAUGUGGCACCUUGGCAUCACAGACCGCAGCUUCAACAUUGUUGACAUCAAACCAGCCAACAUGGAGGAUCUGACUGAGGUGAUAACAGCAGCAGAGUUCCACCCUCAGCACUGCCACCUGUUUGUGUACAGCAGCAGCAAGGGCACCUUACGCCUCUGUGACAUGAGAGCCUCUGCACUCUGUGACAGACACACCAAACUUUUUGAGGAACCAGAGGAUCCAGGGAGCCGGUCCUUCUUCUCAGAGAUCAUUUCCUCUGUGUCCGAUGUAAAGUUCAGCCACAGUGGACGCUACCUGCUCACUAGAGACUACCUCACCGCUAAGGUGUGGGACCUGAACAUGGACAAAGGCCCCGUGGAGACCUACCAGGUCCAUGAAUACCUCCGGAGUAAGCUGUGCUCCCUUUAUGAAAACGACUGCAUCUUUGACAAGUUUGAGUGUGUUUGGAAUAGCUCAGACAGUGUGAUCAUGACGGGGGCAUACAACAGCUUCUUCCGGAUGUUUGAUAGGGAAACUGGGAGAGGUGUAACCCUGGAAGCAUGGCGGGAGAGCAGUAAGCCUCGGGCUGUGCUUCGGACCCGUCGUGUGUAUACUGGCGGUAAGCGUCGCCGUGGAGAUGUGGGUGUUGAUAGCCUGGACUUCACCAAGAAAAUACUGCACAUGGCUUGGCAUCCAUCUGAGAACAUCAUUGCUAUAGCAGCCACAAAUAACCUGUACAUCUUCCAGGAUCGUGUUAACCCUGAGACACAGACACAGUGACGGCGAUGGGAAUGUGGACAGUGGUAAACGGAGCACUUUUGUUGUGCUGUCUAAAUUACAAAUACAGAAUCAGAUGUAUUUGGAUGUAUUGCGGAUGGUGAAGUAAGUGGACAGCAUCUAUGAGUAGUCAAAGUCAAGCUGUUUUGAAACAUCAGUUUGUGUAAAUGGACGAUUAGAAUACUGACAAAAUGAUGGGAAUGGUAAUUUAUAUGAUGUCCAAGGAAGGUGUAUAAUCUUUUUUUUUUUUCCAACGAUGAGAUGAACUGUUGUCUCUUGAUAUCCAUCAGGUCGGUUUUCGGUCUCACUCUAUCCCUACAUUACUUUUUUGCAGACAGGCAGAAGGAGAGGUGCAGGGACAUCUCUCCUUCUGCAAUGACUCAGUGCUAUUGACAACACAAUGUGGUAACCCUCACUGACCUGCUGAUCUGAUGAAAAUGAUGAUGUUUUGUGUAGCAGUGAAGACAGAAUAAUGACACUACAAAACAUAAAGGUCUGGACUGUGACAUUACCAGAGGGUGAUUGUUUCACUCUUGUGGAGUAUUGCAGUGGUGUAAUUGUACAGCUCUUCACAACACAGUUCUGAAUCUUUUUCUUCUCCUUUGGGUGAAACAGCAGCUGAGCUUCUCUUUAGAGCAGUGCUCUAGGAGAUUGCCUGCAUAAAUGCCCAUAAUCUUUUGCCCUAUUCACUUUGCAAUAAUGGCACUAACAAAACCACAGUGCAGCAGUAUUUCUGCUUUAAAACAUGAGCUGUUCUUCUACAGGUAUCACAAAUGUAUACACUCUUUUUACUGUUAGCUGUAAAUAUUUGGUGUUCCUUUUUUUAAAAAGGUGGUACCAAUUUUGGUUCCAGAGAGAUAAAAGGGUAAAAGAACCUGAGAUUUGAUUUAUUGAAGGUUGUGGAAUCGCACUCUACAAGGUGAAACUGGAUUUUUUUUUUUUUGCGUAGAACAGCACAUAUUGGUGUAGCUGGGUGUGGAGUGGCAGGGUUUGGUUGUGCACAAACAGUAAUGUUUUGUCAUGUGUUCUAGGUCUGUAUAUGGUUUGUGAUUGCUAUAUCAAGGUCCUUUCCUUGUCUAAAAUCUACAUACCUAUGUGCUAAAUGAUUGCAUUCAAGAGCGACUGCGUAUACACUUUCAUACACAUUGAAAAUCAGGCUGAUUACUGAUUAAUGGAGAAGUAGUCUGAGUCAUGUUCAGUGUAAUGCUAAAUUAAAAUGAGCAGUGUUCAUUUUAUGAUGCAUAAGCACAUUCUAAUCUUACAAUCAAGAAAAUGAUCAGUGCACAUUGUUCAUGAAUGGGGCCCCUGAUUCAGCUAAUCCAACAUAUGGUGACUAAGGUUGAGCCCAGUGUGUUUGAAAGUCAAAGGUUUUCAUCAGUGCAAUAGCUUGUUACAUACAUUGCUGAAAAUGUCUUUAACACUGAAACAAUAAUGUCAAGUCAUGCCAUGUGAAUUUAUCAUGUCACAGGUUUUCAAUAUUCUCAUACCGUAUACCUCACAGUGCCACAUGCUACUCUGGGGUGCAAAACUGAAAGUGUAAGAUGUACAGCAGUAAGGUGAUGUUUGUGAUGGACUAAAUUAUGUGAUUUAAGAUUGGAUUGUUUACAGUGAAUGCUUUGCUUUCAAGUGACCUUGGCCCGAAUGGGAUUAUUGUAAUUGAUCUGGAUGUGCAGCAGGUUGAGUAACAGAAUCAGUGCAAGUAUCAAAUCCUUUCAGAUCCAUGAAAACAUGUAGAUUGUGAUCAUCUCUGUUCCACUUGUCUGCUUCACCUCACAUCUCACUUGAUGAGUUCCAAAUUCACGAUUCACAGACAUUUAUGUUGCUGCCUCUGAGCUGAGAGUUAAUCUUCUUAUAAUGACCCCAACUAUAUUUUAGUCCCCGCUGUGAACAGGUGGUGUUGAAUGCACUCACAAAUCCGCUUAUUAAUUGAUUUUACACUAAAGCAAUAUCCAACUUGCAUCAUCACUGAUACAACAAAUCAAUCAAAGACACUGUGAUGAUGACAAGAAACAAGAAAAUGAUUUACAUUACAUGACAGGCAAGCUUUCAUCAGGCUUCAGGACUCAGUCAUCCAGCGGUGAGCAGUGAUUUGGAUCAAAUCUGCUGUAAACCUCACAGCCACCAUCACAUACAUUACAACCUGUGAGAAGAUGUGUUCAGGAGCACAGCAGCAGCAGCAUGUUGCCAUUACUCAAUGCUACUAGCGUAUAUAUCUAUCAUACUUAAAAAAAAAAAAAAAAAAAGACAAAUCUAACAAUACAAAAAAA